AUGGUAUUCAGCCGCCGAGAGAGACACCUCACCGCACCAACCGCGGGAUACAAAGGCUCGACGCCGCCGCCGCCGCAUCCCUGGGAGGAUCGCCGAGCCUCCCGCGCUCAACGCCUGCGGAGCCUGCGCAGGGCGCCGCCGCGAGGCGCGCCGCUCCCGGGCCCACAGGGCGGUGCCGCGCAGCGCGGGGAGCGGGAGCGGGGAGCGCGCGCCGCCUGCCUUGCGCGCCUGCCCGCCCAGCGCUUCGGGAGCAGGGCCGCCGCGCCGCACGCAGCCCGGCCGCGCCGCAGCCGCCGGGCCCUAGUCCGCCGCAGGGAGCUCCGCAGCGACGUGGACCAGGGUGAGGAGGCCGAGGGCCCACAGCCCCCGGGCAGGCCCGAGGCCGGGCCAGCCCAUCCCUGCCCAGGCCUGGGCCUUCCCCUCUCCUAGCCCCUACCCCUCCCUACGCCUUCCCGGGACUCGCGCGGGCGGCGGGGCGCCGUGAGCUGCACUUACACCACGGCUCUGGAGAUCAUCCAGGACACCAUCUUCCCGGGGUCUUGCACCCCAGCUAGGGGGCGGGUGGGCGCCGAGCGUGGCUGACCAGGCCGCCAACGGCAGGCCGCGCGCUCGCCGGCUCCUCGCGCUCCCCGGGGCCGCGCUGGCGCCCUCGGGAGCCGGGCCGGGUGUAUGCGCGCAGCGGCCGGAGCUGCGCGGCGGUCGGUCCCCCCUCCCGUCCCCGCCCGUCCCCGCCCGCGGCCGAGCUGCCGCCGAGCCAGCCGGCCCCGCCCCUGCACUCCGCUGAUAGGCGGCGGCGGCAGCGGCGGCGCGUCGGUCGUGCCCGGGUCUGGGCGGUGGUGCUCCGGGGGCAGGGCGGUCGGGACCCCGGCCGGCGCCGAAAAGCCUCGCGGCCCAGACUCCUGAGCUCCAACCUCCACCUCCCUACUCGUUACAUCUCUGGGACGCCCACCUGGCGUACAGGGGCCGAGGGAGUGGCCGGGGGCUGAGGCAGGGGACUUGCGGGUAGGGGUUGUCAUCAUAUGUGGGAAAAAAUAGCAGGAACUCUGUGUCCGGUAGACUCCUCUGGACCUGGCCCUAGAUUCUAGGGAGGCAAGAUUUUGAGAUGUGUUUAGCCACAUCGGGUGUCCUCACUGUUCACUGAAGCCCAGCGCCCUGGGCAUCCUCAAGAGUACGGCAUUUUAAGGAAACGUCGGGAGGAUCUUUGCACAGGCCUCGGUGUGUGCCAGGAGUCGCGUGAUUCUUCAGGGAAGUGAAGUCACGGAGUAAACUGCCGUCCCCAAAUUGGAGCAACAAGAAGGCACAGAGAACCACAACUUACCAGACCAGAAACCUCUGCAGCAACCUGGGCCAGGGUAGGACCACCUAAACUGUAAUUGAUGAAUCUGGAGGCAUAGUGUGGACAACUCUGAGAGUUGAAAACUGCAGGAGAAUCUAGUCACGGGAGACCCCCACACUUCGGUGAAUUUUACCUUCAGGAGCUCUUACCAGGUGCUCACAGUUAAUAUUGGAGAAAAAUACCCAGUGUUUCCAGCAGGAGGAGGGGAAAAGGAACUAUUUCAACAUUCACCAGAGAAUUCUGCUUUUCUUAAGAAGACAGGCCCUCGAGAAACUAUUUUAUCAGAGCCUAACCUUAGUGGGGGAAGGCAAUUCUCAACAUCAGCCAGCUCUAGCCUUCCACCUGGGAGAAGGGAAAACACCAGUUGGAGCUCAUUUAGCCAUGUAGGGAGAGGGAAAUGCUUUACUCCAGCUAGCCUGUCCCAUCCCUGGGGAGUGAAAAGGUAGGGACUAAAAAGCAUUGGUGAAGUUCAUGGCCCAGAGCUACCAGCUCACUGAGAAACUGAGCCCUAAUCAUAGGACUGUAGGAUGCCUCCCCCUAACAACCACAUACCAUACCACUACAUUACUGAAGACCUGUUUACCAAACUUCUUUAGCCUAGUGCAUCAUGUCUGCCUUUCAACAAAAAAAUACAAGGCAUGCUAAAAGACAAAAAAUACAGUUUGAAGAGACUGAGCAAUUAUGAGAACUAGAGUCAGAUAUGGAAGGAAUGUUGGAAUUACCAGAUGAGGAAUUUAAAAAAACAACUAUGAUUAAUAUGCUCGGGAUUUUAAUGGAAAAAGUAGACAACAUGCAAGAAUAAAUGGAUAUUGUAAGCAGAGAGGUGGAAAAUCUAAGACUAAAAUAUUAGGUCAAAAAUACUGUAACAGAAACAAAGAAUGUCUUUGAUGGGCUCAUUAUUGGACUGGACACGGCCGAGGAAAGAAUCUCUGAACUGAAGGAUGUGACAAUAGAACAUUUCAAAAUUGAAGAGUAAAGAGGAAAAAAAAAAUGAGAAAAGCAGAACAGAACAUGCAAAAACUGUGGACACCUACGAAAGCAUACAUUUAAUGUGAAUACUAGAUGGAGACAAAAGAAAAGAGAAGCAAUAUUUGAGGCAAGAAUGACUGAGAAUUUCCUCUAAUUGAAAUCAGACAGACACUGGAUCACAGAACCAGGAAGCUUAGAGAGUACCAAGCAGGAUAAGUGUCAAAAAAAAAAAAACCCUCCUAUGUCUAGGCA